AGUCCGGUGAGUAAUCUGUCUAGAGAUAAAACUUUCGAAUUAACUCAAAAUUGUAUACAUUUCCUACAUAUUGGUUUAUUAAUAUUUCCAAUUGAUAGCUUAAUUAUUUUAAGGGAUAUCUAAUACGCUAUUUGAAAGUGAAAGUACUUAGUAAGGAACUAGAAUUUACUCGCGACUUUCGGACUAGUCCACAUUCAGCUUGGAUAUUUAGAGUCAGUGACAGUGUCACUUCAGUGUUCAGAGAGACUUCUCGGUCUAAUAACUCCUACUCAUCUAUUGACCUACUCCUACGUGACGGUAAGGAGUGGCAUUAAUAUAAUGUUUAAAGCGCAGUUCGCGUUUAUAACGUCGUUUUGUGAUAAUUUUUCUCAGUUUCAGUUACCGUAAUUAGAAUUGAAUUAACAGUUCUUGAAGAAUAUUGAAUUGUACAAAUUUGGUCUUUUGAAUGGUUUGGCCAGUGUGAGCAAACUUAAAGAUUUGGCUACUUUUUUAAUGAUUUAAUUUUAAUUAAAAUGAAUGCCCUGUGCAGCUUUGGAUUUACCUUAUUAUAAUUUGAAUCACUUUAACUUGAGUUUGAGAUAUCUGUGAAAGGGAUUUAUAUUCGAGGUAGGUAAACUUGUUAAACUGGUAAACUCUACUGAGUGUAUAAUGAAUAUAUAAGUAUGAUGGACUAUGUAAACUAUAAUAACAUGUUGUAGACCUUUUUUUGUUGCCUAGGCCUACUCAUUAUUUUCAUUUUGCAUGGAAUUAAUAAUUAAAAUGGAGUAUGAGGGAUUGAUAGGUCCAAGUUAUAAUUUAUACCCACAAUAGGCCUACAUAUUAUUAGUUCUAUUAGUGGACCUAGUGGUGUACCUUGGAUAAAUGCUGCUUAGAUGAAAUGCCUAAAGUGCGCCCUCAGACUCUUGCAUACAAACCCAUUAUUUAUAGAAUGUUAGAUAUAAACUGUUUAACAACAAAGUGCCAGAGAGGACAAUAGUCCCCAUCACCCCGCCCUUUAUACACCAAAGAGUGGACGAAAAGUAAAGAAUAAGAGGUAGUGUUCAUCUUUUAGUCAUCAUUUUAUUAGGCCUAGUAAUAGCCUAAUAAUUAUAAUUCGAAAUAUUUAUGACAAAUGACUUAAAUGAGUGUGUUACAAAUUUCUCCUUAAAAUAAAGGAUAAAUUAGCCUACCACACUGAGAUAUAUAUUUUUUUCUCAGAUGUUUCUCACCCGGACUCACCGACCACAAAAAUAAAAUGUCAAAUAGUUACACCCCUUGUCAAAAUCUAUAACCAGUUCAGUGCCUUUAUAUUUUUAACAGGUUUUAUUUUACCAAGAAUUAACAAAGACAAAAGAAUAUGCGGGAAUACAAGCUAGUUGUUCUUGGCAGUGGUGGUGUUGGAAAAAGUGCCCUGGUGAGUUUUAAUUUUAAAGCAUAUGUAUUUAUCAAAGUUCUAAUUGUUUAAUUCUUUAAAACUUGUACGAUUUUAAUUUAUAAUUUAAAAUAUUUAAAUCUGUUACAAUAAUACUUGGGGCUCCAUUCUAAUUUUAGACUGUCCAGUUCGUCCAAGGAAUUUUCGUGGAAAAGUAUGAUCCCACUAUAGAAGACAGCUACAGAAAGGUUUGAAUACUUUAACUGGUUUAUAAUGUCUGUUCUUAUUCAAUGAAAUUGUAGAGUAAGAAAUUCAUUAAUUUUUUUCCAAACAAGCUAGAACAUUUGAUUCCAUCGAUGACCACAACCACAGUAGAGUUCUUUGAGAUAUUGAUACUUUUCUUAUGUAAAUUAACAAAAUGCAAUAAAUUAUUAACUAUCAUGGAUUGAACAUUCAAACUUUUUAUAUAUUAAGUAUAGAUAGUAAAUGCUGUACAUUGUAGUAAAAAAAGUCUUUUAAUUUGAAAAGUUAUUAAAAUGGAAAUGUCCCUUUUUUUCAGCAAGUGGAAGUUGACGGUCAACAAUGCAUGCUAGAAAUUCUUGAUACUGCAGGAACUGUAAGUUCUUAUGUUCAAGUAUCUGUUAUAAUUUAAAUAAUAAUGGCCACCCACAACUCAAGUAUAAUCAUAAAUGAAAAUAUGUUUUGAUUGUAACUUUCAUACUUUUUAUGAAUAUUCUUAUUUAAUUUUUUAAAAGGAACAAUUUACUGCAAUGAGAGAUCUUUACAUGAAGAAUGGACAAGGCUUCUUAUUAGUCUACUCAAUCACAGCACAGUCAACAUUCAAUGAUCUUCAAGAUCUCAGAGAGCAGAUUCUUAGAGUCAAGGACACAGAUGAUGUAAUAGUUGAAAUAAAUUAUCGUUAAUUAUUUUAAUGAUAUUACAUUAAGUUUGUUUGUAGUCUGAAAGGGUCAAUUUUUUAUUUAAUUGAAAUCAUUUUGAGGAUUUAAAAAAAAAAUAAUAAUUUCCAUUUUAAUUAUUUGCAGGUUCCUAUGUUAUUGGUAGGCAACAAAUGUGAUUUAGAAGAUGAGCGAGUAGUGGGGAAAGAUCAGGGCCAAAACCUGGCAAGGCAGUUUCAAUGCGCUUUCCUUGAGACAUCUGCAAAAAUGAAGAUCAAUGUACUUGAGGUAAAGUAGAUUAUUAGAGCUUUGAUUUUUCCAAAUAAAUUGGGCCCAGUGAUGUUUCGGAUUACAAAUUUUUCAGAUAACCUAACAUACCACAGAAAGAUUACAUUAUAGAACUGGCAAAGAAAACAGAAAGUUCUUUAAGUAUUUUUACACAUACAGUGUUUUAUUGCAGAAAAUCUUAACAUUUUCUUUUUUAUGAAGGUGUAUUUAAACAUAUUUAGCUCCAUGGCCCCACUACAUCAAUUAACUUUGAUAUGUAUUGAUUUAAAAUUUAUAUUAUAUCCAUUUCCACUGUAGUACAUUAACAAUUGCGUGAAUAGAGUGGGUAUACAAGUUUUUAUUUACUUUGGACAUUCAUGUUGUGUAGUCGUAUUUAAAAAAUGUAUUUUUGAUGAAAGAAAUUAUUUUGAUAGAGAGGAAAAAACAAUUUUUGUAUGUAUUUUAAUGAAAUUUUAAAUUUAAUUUUCUCAUCCACAGAUAUUUUAUGACCUAGUGCGUCAAAUAAACAAGAAAAAUCCAGGGCCCGGUAGACAAAAAAAGAAAAAGAGUGGCUGCACUCUACUUUGAGAUCUGAAAGGUAUUUAUUUUUUUUUAUAAUUUCAUAAUAAAGUAUUUGGGACCUAUGAAUCCUAUCUAAAUUGAUGUUCAUCUUAUAACAUCCAUCCAUCCCUUACAUUGCCGGGUUGUUAGCUAUGCACACAACCAUCUGGGGGGCUGCCCCUUACAGUUCUCUAGGUAGCUGCCUUAAUUUUUGGAUAAGGUUCCCUAGCCUUUGUGGAUCCCUCCACUUCCUAAAAGGCAGUAGGUUCCGAAUUUGGUUCGUCGCUGGUACUUCAUUUCCUCGGUACCCUCCAUAUGUGGUGGGCUUUUCCCUAUCCACCACCUGGGGAGAUCAGUAUCUCAGAACGAGUAAUCUUAUAACAGCAUUGUAAUAAUGUUGUAAGAACCCACUGAUAAAAUGUUAGGUAUGGAUAUUAGUUAAAUUUAGUUACUUUGUCAUUUUCACUUGCAAAUCACCAUUGAAAUUUCAAAAUUAAUUACAUUGUAAACAUUUAAAUUAAAAUGUAUUAACCAUAGAUACAGGGUACUCAUUCUAAAACUGACUUUAAAUAAAUAUUUUAGUGCAAUAGUUCAGGUGUUUGCCUUAACAAGAAAACAAUUCUCAUUGCAAUAAGUUGGGUGGGUUGGCUUAUGAAUUAUUAAUGAGCUGGUCAAAGGAGAUUUUUAUGAUUUUCUCCAGGUACAUUGAAUGGUGAAAAUUAUUAAUGAAGAUUUCAGAAGGUGUCACCACUAUCAACCCAAAAAAUUAAAAGUAGAUAAUAAAGGCUGGCCUGUGUAUCAUGCUAGAUUUUCUUUGGUACCGCGUUACUUAAACUGGCAUGUUAUUUUAUGGGGUUGGCUUAUGAGCAGGUUAUAUUCUUUGGAAUGGCAGUCAAUGACAGGGCUUUAGAACAAGCUAUCUGCAGUAGGGGUGACAGCCUGUUUGUGCAGAGGGCUGCAUUGAAAUCAAUGUAAUGUCGUGUAAUAAUUUACUAGGAAUCUAGAGUUCUAAACAGUAGCUUUAAAAUAAUUAUAGUGUGAUGUUAAACUAACAGGUAACUUCUGAUUACUAAUAAUUAGUGGGAAUUGAUAGUCUGUUAAUAUUAGUUCUGAAUCACAUAGUGAUAUAAUAUAUAAAUUUGUUAAUUUUAUGCAUUUGAAUUUCUCUGUGAGAAAAUUGUCAGUCUGCAGAUCUAUUAAUUUCAGCUGCAGCUUAAACAUAGAAUUUAUGAAAAUGGCAUAUUGAGAUCAAACUGGUCCUCAGUGGCAUAAAAAUUGCUGAAAUACCUUUUUAAAAAAAAAAAAAAAAAACUGCAGACCCACAUUGUUGCUAUGGCAAUAAAAUUAUUUGUAUUUUACCCCAUUAGUUUUAAAUAAUAUGACCUUUUGUAGCAUUUUGUAAAUACAGAUAUAUAAAUAUUUUAUUGUUGAGAUGCUAAUGUUCUUUUUUCUUAUAUUUCAGACAUAACUGGACAGAGAUAGAAGACAGUAAUUGAUAAGUAAAAAGUUAUGUUUCAUUCCUUGUAAUGGGUGACCAUUGCUGCAAGCAAACAGCGAAAGACUAGCCAAAAUUAACCUGGUUUAUUCUAUUGUUUCAUGAGUGUCAUAUUCCUGAGCCACCAUCAACCAACUUGGCCAUGAUGUCACUCCGGAUAGCCAACUUCAUUUACUCAUCAACUUUGACACAUUUUGCUCUGGAUUUUGUCAUUUUGUUUCCUGAAAGAGACUGUUGCAGCAAUAUAUUUUAUUCCUUAUUAAGCAUGAAGCAAAUGAAGUUUUAAAAAUCUUUGUGAAGUUCAAUUAUUUCAAGAUAAACAUAUUUCUGAUUUCAUAUAGUGAAAAAAUUUAUGAAGAUGCCAGAGAAACAAAGAGUGACUUCAGACUCAGUAACCUUUUGGACAAUUGAAACAUCUUAUAAGUUCAGAUCAAAUUAAAUUCCAAAUUUUAAUAGUUUUUAAAAUUUUGUUUCAUAGAAAUACAGACGUUAAUAUUUUACACACUUGUAGAUACGUUUUGUUGAUUUUGUUUGCUACCCUUAGGGGGAUUAGGAACUUUUAUUCAGAAUAUUUGAAUUUUCACUUGCAUGUUGAUCUAGGAUAGAGCUUUCGCAAUUUAUUAUCUUGUUGUUAUUGUAACUUAAAUCAACAACGUGCUGUUGGCCCAAAAAUUAAUAUCAGGUAGAUUUCCCCAUACAAAUUUGAUGCAGCUUAAUGGGGUAGAAAGGGUUAUUAGAGACCUGAUCGAUUUAUGGAUUAGUAAAUUGCAUUUAUUUAAAUAAUUUUCUUUCUGUAUAUCUUGUUAUGACAAUUCUUAAUAUCUAAAGACUUCCUUUAAAAACACAUUCUUUUUUUUAAACAUCUAUUUUAUUUGUAUACUAACUCAUUUUUCUAGAUCCAUAUUGCACAUUUUUUUUUAAAGUGGUUUGUUUAAAUGUUUAACAUAACAUUAGCCUACAAUGUCAGUUAAAUGAAUUCUAUUAAUGUUUCACAGUUAAGCCAGUUUUAAUGUUACAACCAGUUUAUAAUUAUUGUUUAAAUACAAAACUGCAUAAAAGAAAUCUCUAUUGGCCCCCACUAGUAAUAUAUUUAAUGAUGAUUAUAUAACUGAAUUGAAGUUUAAAUGCAGAUAGUUUAAUUUGAAGACUUUUAUUUUGCAGCAUAUUCUUGCUCUCAAAUCCCUUUUAUAAAUAUUUAUUUAGAAUUGAGUUAGGGACCAACUUGUGCAAUCAUGAAGUCAGGGCAUUACUGCAAUUAUUAAUGACCCUGCUAGCAUCACCUUCUUUCUGCCAAAAUGAUUCAUUUAGUUUGGGUGCUGACAGUCGAACCAGUGUGGUUGAAACAAAUAUUUUCCUUUUAUUAUUAUGUUAUGCUUCUUAACUGAAAUCAUUUUUGCAGUAUUAUUUAAUCUUAGAUCUUUUUUAUUUAUUAAAUCAAGAGAUAGUCUAUAUAAACCUGUGCUCUGGGCAAUGUAUUUUUAUGGUAAAAAAAAUUAUUACAAUAGUCAGGAUUUGAUGGAAAGUUAGUUAAUAUUUUUAUUAACUCAAAGUGUGAAAAUUUGCAUUGGUAAGACAAAAAUGAUUUCCAUUUGCCUUAAAUCUGAAACAAAGAGCUUGUAAAAUUUUCAUUAGUCUUGUUGAUAGUUGAAGCACAUACUAACUUUUUAUUACUUAUUUAUUAACUGGGCUGUUAAUGUGUAUUCACUUCUUGCUUUUUAACAUAACUCAUGUCAUUCACUCUUUUUUUUAAAAAAAUAUAUAAAUUUAAAAAAUGCAUUUCAUAAUUUUGUAAAGCUGAUGUAUAGAGUUUAACAGAAAAAAAGGUGUUCCCUAGAAGAAAAAGUUGGUACCUAAGUUUAAUAUACCAUUAUUUUGAUUAACAAAAAAUAAAUUUUCUCUUCAGAUGCUUGUAUCAAGUUUUAAUGGUGUAAUUAAUAGAUGUGUCAUUGCUUUAAGCAAAGCAAGAGUGUCCUUCAUUAAAAAGCCUCCAUUUAAACAAGUACUGUAAUUCUCAUAAUUUAAUUUUUUUAAAGAAAUCAUUAAUAGCCAUAUCCAUUUUUUAAAACCCUUGUUACUACUACAAUAUUUUUAAUGCUGUCAGCAAAAGUGGUGAUGGACUUGAAUAAUAAUGAAUAAAUUACCUAUUGUCUUGGUCUUGUAUAUAAUAAUGCCUAGGUUUCUGUACAUUUAUCACUUAAUGCUGCUUCUGGAGUGCAUGGAAGCUAGUCAGGAAGGCGAUUGGUACAUUUGUACACAUCCUACCACUUGCUGUUUUUUGUACAUUUUGGGAUUUUAUUUUUUUUCUCUUUGGACAAGUCCAUUCGGUGCUUAAUGAUGGUCUAUUCCCCCCCUCCCCCCCAAUUAUUUCCCCAUUACUGAUAAGAUCAAUGUAAAUAUCUGUGUGUGCAUGUAUCCCUUAAGCUCUAUUGAGUACUGGUUGUAGUGUAAAGCAGCAGAUUAUUGUCUUAAAAUUGAAACUUGCUGCAAUACAUAGAUACACAAUUUGUUCACUCAAGAUGCUAUUCAACAGAUUAUAAUUAAAUAUAAUUUAGUUAAUGUUAAAUAAAUCUAAUCGGCGGGUAAUAGACCAUCAUACAUUAACACCUGUAUUUCUGUUUUUCAAAUAAGUCCACUAGUUUUUGUAUUUAUUAUAUACCAAACAUGUGAGAUUUUUUUAAAGGCUAGGAGUCAUGUUUCUAAUUUAUUAUUCAUCCCUUUACAAUUUUAUGUGUGUGUAAAUUCUUUGCGAAUAUUGGGACAUGUACAAAGUGAUGUAAUUGUAAUAUGAACAGACUUGAUGGACGCUUUAACAAAACAAAAAUCAUAAAUUCUGACCACCUUAUGGCUUUUUUUCCUGCAUUUUAAGCAAGUUAUCACUAAAGUUGUAAUAAAGAUCAUAUAUACAAUGUCAAGUAUUUUGUCAUUCUAUGACAUGCUCUUUUGAUUAAGAAAACAAGUCAUGAAUAGAUCACAGCUUUUAAUUAAUUAAAAUUCAUUU